AUAUGGGGAGCAGAUGUCCGGGCGGGACUGUGGGCCUUGCUGUGGUGGGCUGCAGCUCCUGAGGGGGUCUCUGUGCACAGGGUCUGUUGCCCCCCGGGUGCUGUUGUGCAUGGGAGGUGGGGGUUUGUGACAGAGGCUGCUGCUGCUAGCUGGGUACAAAAGGAGAAGCAGACCGGCACAGCGUGGGCAGAGGGACACACCAGCAUCCCCUGAGCACCCAGCAAGCACCUCGGGGCACGCCACAGCUCUCCAGCCACAGACCCCCAGGCGACAGCCAUGGCAGGGGAUGGAGAGCUUAACCGUGUCAUCAAGGACCUGCAGAAGACCGUGGCUGAGCUGAACCACAGCUACCGGGAGCAGAACUUGCCAGUGACAGAUGGGAGCCGGGAGCUACACAGCCUCUGUGCCCAGCUGGAGUUCCUCCUCCAGUUCGAUCUCAAGGAGAAGAGGAGCUUCUUCGGGCAGCGCAAGGACUAUUGGGACUUCUUGUGCCAGGGCCUGGCACGGCGGCGGCAGGAGCAUGAGGGUGUUCGCUUUGUCACCUCCCUGGACAAGCUGAAGACCCCUGUGGGCAGGGGCCGAGCCUUCCUGCGGUACUGCCUGGUGCACCAGCAGUUGGCAGAGUCCCUCCAGCUCUGCCUCCUCGACCCUGAGAGCCUCCGUGAGUGGUACUACGCCCGCAGCCCCUUCCUGAGCCCCCAGCACCGGGCAGAGAUCCUGGGCAGCCUCUAUGAGCUGGAUGGUGUCACCUUCCACCUGGCCCUGUGCAGGGCUGACCUGGACAUUGCCUGGCCCAUGUUCUCUGAGACACUGGUACGGUCCAGUCGUGUGGCUGGGAACAGCCUGGGAAAGACAGCCCUGCAGACAGACGAUACUGGCACUGGGGCACAUGGAUGGCUCGAUGGCAUUGCCUGCUCCACCACAGCACCCCACGGAGUGCCAACCUGCCCAUACCCACCCACCUUGACUGCCCCACAGGCAGGGGGUGUAGUGGUGGGGGAGACGGAUAUGGAGGUGAAGAAGGAUGUGGAAGAGGAGGAUGAAGAGGAGAUGGCGGAGGAUGAGGAUGAGGAGGAUGAGUUGGAUUCGGAGGGGGAGGAUUUGGAGGUAGAUGUGGAGGAGGAUGUGGAGGUAGAGAAGGAUGUUGAAGAGGAGGAUAAGGAGGAGUUGGAGAAGGAUGAAGGGAAGAAGAAGAAUGAGAAGGAGUUGGAGGACGUGGAUGUGGAGGAGUUGGAGGAUGUACACAGUGCUGGCAAAGCACCCCAGCCCGAUGGUGACAGGGAGCCUGACAUGUCCCCGCAACCCAACAUGGAGUGCAUGCCAGGCUCCCCGCCACCUGUGCCUAGAGAGCCAGGCGAGACAGAGGCAUCCCUGCAGGCACUGGUGUCCCAGCUGCGGGCCGAGCUGGGGCAGCGGGAGGCAGCGUCGCGGGCGCUGGCAGCCCGGCUCGCACGGGAGGAGCGGCGGCACCGGCGGCGGGAGGAGGCCAGCGCCCAGUGGGCCCAGCUGCGGGCGCGUGAGGCUGAGGCGCUGCAGGAGACCAACAUCUUCCUAGGGCAGGCGCUGGCAGCGGCAGUGGCAGCGGGGGACCCAGGGGCGCUGUCGUGGGCGCAGGAGGAGGCGCGGGGCUGGCGGGAGGUGGCAGAGGAGCGGGGUGCCCGGCUGGCCGGGGCGCUGGCAGAGGCUGCGGCACUGGCCUCACGCCUGCGGGACUGCCAGGCGGCACUGACGGCGGGACAGACAGACGCACUGGAGGACCGUGAUGCCCUGGACCAGGUGUCUGCUGUGGAGGAGGUGCUGCGGCGGGCACUGGUGCUCGCCCGCGGCCCCCAGGAUCACCUGCUGGAUGCCCAGGCGGAGGGGGAGCCCAGCACAGCUGCCAGCAUGGCCAUGCACCUGGCCACCCUGGCUGCCACAGCACAGGAGGAAGCCCAGCAGAGCCGGCAGCAGCUCCAGGCCCAGCGGCAGGAGGUGGCACGGCUGCAGGAGCAGCUUGGCAGGGCCCGGCAGGAUGGCGAGCGCUGGGCAUUGGCGCUGCAGCGGGCGCAGCGGGAGGCCCUGGAGCGGGAGGCCACACGCGGCGCCGAGCAGGCGCGGCAGCAGGAGCUCAUCCGCGACAUGAAGGGGCGGCUGCUGGAGCUGCUGCGGGAGAAGGAUGCCCUGUGGCAGAAGACGGAGGGCAUCGAUGCCCCAGUGCCCAGCCCAGCGACUCGCGAUGCAGGGCUGUGCGCCCGCUGCCACAAGGAUUUCCGCCUGCUCUCCCGGCGGUACAACUGCAGGCUGUGCCAGGGCAAGGUGUGCCAUGCGUGCUCUGUGGAUGUGGGCAAGCAGGGCCGCUGCUGCCUGCUUUGCUACCAGAAAAGGCACACACAGUCUACGUGAGCUGGGACCACAGCCCUCACACCAUGUCUGGAACACCCCCUGCCCUGGCUGCCUCCUCUCAGACUUACCGGGGACCCAGGUGUCCGGGGCCUGCAGGCAGGUCCUGCUGCCCAACAUUUCAGGUUUGAGAUGUGUCUUUCCUGUGGCUGGUCCAUGGAGAGGAAAACAUCCUGC